GCGAAGGUGCAGCCAACGCAUGCAGUAUCUCAGCCGCAGCUCAAGGGCCUCAUCACAACGGUGAAUGCUACGAGCUACGGCGGCAUCAUAGUCGCCAGUGUGUAUCUUGUCACGUCCAUUGGCAUAUCGGGCGAGAACAUUGAGGUGCUGUGGGCCCUGGCACAGAGAGUGGCAGCAUGGAACUCACGGGGCCUCGACUGGAUCCUAGGUGGCGACUGGAACUCCGACAUCGAUGCGCUCAAUGUUCGCAACUGGGUCGAGACCAUGGCAGCCGUCCACUACGUGCCCGACCAGCACACCUGCAUCACCGACGAGGGCAAGAGCACCAUAGACUAUUUCGUCGUCUGUGCCAAUCUAGCGUCUCGCAUCAAGGGCAAGCCAGAGGUCCAGUAUGACUCCACGGUCGUGCCGCCGCCGCAUUUCCCUGUUGAGCUGCAGCUCAUGGGAGAGGAUCGCCCCACGUGGUGCCGUGUCCCUGCGGAGCCGCGCCCCUUCGCGGUGGUGCCGCCAGUUGGCUGUGCUAGAUAUCCCUACCCGUGGCACAGGCUCCAGACAGAGUUCCAACGGGUCAGCUGUGCCGACGAUCUGAGCCUGCUCUGGGACUCCGUGCUGCGAGGGGUGGACUACGAGCUGGCAGGGCGUUACGACUGUGUGGGUGCUAAGGCCAUGCAGUACAUUGGACGCGAGGGGCCGCCGCAGUUCAAGUGGCAGCACUUGUCAUGGCAGCCGCCACGCAGGCGUACCUACAAGGAGCCGACCGUGCUGGCCUGGGCCACGGCGAAGCGAUGGGCCCAGCACCUUGUGGCGGAGAAGAAGCGGCUGGCGAGGUACAUCGAGCGCCUCAAGCUCUGUGCUGCCGUGUGUGACAUCACGCCGCUGCAGUACACUAAGGUCGUAGUGGCUUUCAACGAG